AUGGAAAAGAACUUCCACAUCUUCGGAAAAGGGAUAUCGUUUAGCAUUUCACCUACCAUCCACAACGCAGGCUUCCAUCACUAUGGCCUUCCCUUUACCUACACAAUCUACGAGUCCAACAGCAUUGACGGCGCUGCUGCGUUAAUCGCAAAAGAUUCCUUUGGCGGAGCGAGUGUCACAAUGCCACACAAGCUCCAAGCUCACAAGUUCUGCGACGAGCAAACGGAAACUGCUCGAUUAAUUGGUGCAAUCAACACUCUCAUUGUGAAAGGGAGUGGCAGCGAUCGGAUAAUUACCGGCGAUAACACAGAUUGGUCUGGUCUGUACAGUAUUAUGGCUGCACACUCAACAAAGACACAAAUACAAGCUAGCACCGGACUAGUCCUCGGGGCUGGGGGCGCCGCAAGAGCCGCACUCUACGCGCUGCACAAAGCUGGAGUCAAACGUAUCUACCUUGUAAACCGGACCUUGGUCACCGCCGAGCAAGUCAGAGACGAUUUUAAGAACGUGUUUGACAUCAAGGUUAUCUCAAGUCUUCAGGAUCUUCUGGAGAAGCCAGAAAUCAUCAUCGGCACUGUACCCGCAGAGACGACCACAGAAGAUCAGUUCGCCUCGUUGUUUGGGGAUCGGGGGUUGUGUGUCGAUAUGUCAUACAAACCGAGACAGACGCCACUCUUGACGGCAGCACAGCAGAAUCAAGGGUGGGACACGGUCACGGGUGUGGAGGUACUGCUUGCACAGGCGUUCGACCAGUUUUCACUUUGGACUGGACUUGAGCCGCCGAGAGAUAUUAUGGCGGAAGCUGUUGUGGUACAUGAAGAGCGGGCUACGAUGGCUAAGAGUGGUAUGCUUUAG